AUGUCUCAAGGAGAUAUGGACGAAGACUUCCUGGACUUUGAGUCAAAAGUCAAUCAGGUAAUGAAACUACUUGAGGAUAUGGCCAGCGCUAAUAAAUCGGAGUCAGAAAGUACAAAAAAGCCAGAUACUAAGUCUGACAUCAAUGAGGAUAAAUUUAUUGUCAGCGUGCGUCAGGAUCGCACGGUACUCAAUCGGAAGGCGGCCCAUGAGAAAGACCCUAACGAUCAGGGCGGUCCCCAGCAAAUGGACAAAUAUACCUUCAUGCAGCAGAUGGAGCAAGACGCCGCCGAACGCGCUAAGGUGCGGCAGGAGCGCGAGCGUAUAGCUCAAAACUUUCGCAGUCUAGGCAACGAAGCUUUCCGCAAGCAGAACUACGAAAAGGCCAUACAAAUGUACACAAAAGCCAUAGAACACGUAAAGGAUAGCCCGAUACUUUACAAUAACCGAGCGCUCUCUUAUCUCAAGCUUCGCAAUGCUAAACGCGCAAUAAUCGAUGCUGACUAUGUGAUUAACAAAUUAGACGAAAAGAAUUUACGAUCCUGGUUAUAUCGUGCAGCGGCCUAUCUGCGAUUGGGCGAUGAAAAAAAUUAUGAGACGAGCAUUAAAUUCGCAAAGAAGAAUAAUUCUAAAGAAAUUGACUACAUAGCUGCAUUUCAAGAGAAACUCAGAACAGAAUUCUAAAUAUGGACACAAAAAUAACCCAAGCACUUUAAAUUGAUUCCCAUAUUGUGUAAUGUUUAAUCAUUAGAACUCGAAAUUUUGUAUUUACAUAUGUAUACCGACAUGCAAAUGUAUGUAAAUCAAUGCACUA